UGGAGUGGAAGAGUACGAUAUGCAUUCAAUACGUUAAUGUGUCCAUCAAACGUGCUUCGUAGCAAUACGAUACAGUGAAUACUUUAUUUCGUGACGACACGACAUCAAAGUAAAAGCGUUACGAUUGAGAUUCUACGCGUUGAAAAUAUAAAAUUUCCAUAAAUCGGGAUCAUUUCACUGAUUAUGAAUUCAACGUUCAAUGACCGCGUUCCCGAACAUUUUAAAUAAAAGAGCGCGAAAUCUGAAAAACGGUGAUAUAAAAACAAUAUAGAGUGAUCGAACUAUUGCAUUGCAUAUAUUACGUCGGAUAAAACAAAAAAAAAACACCAAGAUUUUUGCAAUUGGAAUUCUGUGAUGUGUAGUAUCCAACAGAUUGCACGAUUCAAUGAAGGAAUAAUAAGAGUGAAGAAAACCGGUUGAUGAGAGCCUUUUGCAAUGUUCUUAUAUAACGAAACGAUUUUAGAUGUAAUGAUAGUAAAAUAGGUAAUAAAUAAAAAAAUUAGAGGCAACUAAUCUAUAAUUUUAAUCGAUGAUCGCACGAAAUCUGAUGUAAAAAGGUUUACUAAUAUUAACGAUCUGCGAUAAAGAGUCAUAAAAAGAUGUUGUGAAUAAUUCACAUAAUAAUGAAUUAAUUCAUUAAUCAAGUGAAAAUGAAGUGUUUCGGGAGUUUCUUCAAGCAUACUUGGCAUCCGCAACAGAUAAACAAUAAUAAUUCGUCAAUAUUCGAAGGAAUGAAAACAAAUGUACAAACUACCAAUGCAAUGGAAUUGAAAGAAGUGGAUGUGAUCGCACCAACGAAGAGUGUCGCAACGUUGACUGUUGUGCAACCAGGAAGUAUACCGUGUCAAAAUAGUGGUUGCAAAAACUGGGGAACUCAUGGUGUACCUGAAAGUCCCUGGCACAUACUUAAAACAAUAUUUCUCGUUUCUAUUAUUGUUACGUUAAUUAUAUGGAUAUUGAUUUACGCGCUGCUAGCACAAUAUCAAAUAUUCUGAUGACAGCGUAUCUGCGAUGCAUAAAGGAAUAGAAUGAUUAAACCGUACAUGGUCAAAAUCAAGAUCGAAUUAUGCUCUUUGUAUGAAAAAGUAUUUACUUUAUACAGUCGAAAAAAAUCAGUCGGAUAUGUAUGUAGACUGUAUAUGUUGAUAAUUAGAAAUAAUUAUUUUAUGUACUUACGUACUCACAUCAGAAUUAUGUAAUCAUAUAACUUAUUUAAUAUAGUUAGAUUUUAAUGUUAUACUCAGUAAUGAUUUUGAAAUAUUAAUUUUUUAUAAUUAUUGCUAUAAACAAAAGUAUAUCUUUGACAUAUAGAAAUAAUGAUUAAAUAUGUUUUUUAUUCUGUGUUAAAUGAUAAUGUAUUAAAAAAGAAAAUAAUUUCAGAAAUAUCUGUACCUGCCAAAUUAGUUAAAUUAUUAGCAAAUUUGUAUUUUAAUAGAUUUAUCUCAUGUACUAUAGGAGAUUCCAUAAAAUUAUACAUUUGUAUGUACUAUAUAUUUUACAUGUAAGUUCUACACAAAAAAUAAUUAAUGUAAUGCAUUUUAGCAAGUUCUUGAAAAAAAGUGUAAAAUUUUGAUAAAAAUUUUCUGCAUAAUUGGUGAUAAUAAUUAAAGCAUAAAUAUAACACUUAAACUACAAAACUGUAUUCUUCAGUUAAUACAGAUGUGUGUGUGUGUGUGUGUGUGUGUGUGUGUGUGUGUGUGUGUGUAUAUGUGUUUAAAAUAAUUGUUUCUAGAAAAAAAAUGUACUAGAGUUUGAUGUCACAGCGUCAUAAAUAAAAGUGUUAUGAAGAGGUUUAUACUGUUUCGUAA